UUAAUUUUAGUGUAAAAAUGGCAGUUUUUAAGUAUAUAUCGUUAGCAUUUAUGUGUGGACUUGUAUUCGGAACAGGAUUCACACUGAUGCUUUUCUAUUACCAGUCGAUGACAAUGCAUAGUGUAUGGGGCGUUGGUGUUGCGCAUGAAAUUGCCCGGAAAGAUUAUGAAGAUCCAGAUUCAGGGAACAAGAUCGUUGUCGGGAGGAAAGAUGAUUAUUUAGAAGAAAGUAGUGAAACAAGAACUGUGCCGCCGAAGAUUAUGGCUCCGGUUUAUGUGGACGCGGAGGACAACACGACAGCAGAACAACUUUACCAGAAAGUUCGUGUUUUGUGUUGGAUUAUGACGUCACCAGCAACAUUGGAGAAGAAGGCAAGUCACGUGAGAGACACGUGGUCGAAGAGAUGCAACAUCAGAUUGUUCAUGAGCUCUGUGGAGGAUAAGAAUUUUCCUGCAGUCGGUCUUCCUGUGAAAGAAGGUCGAGACCAAUUGUACGAAAAGACGAAAGAAGCGUACAAAUACGCCUGGGAACAUUACAAAGAUCAAGCAGACUGGUUUAUGAAAGCUGACGACGAUACGUACUUGGUUGUAGAAAACUUGAGAUUUCUUUUGAAAGAUUAUGAUCCGAAGAAGCCACUUUUCUUUGGUAGAAAAUUCAAGCCUUUCAUUAAUCAAGGUUACAUGAGUGGAGGUGCUGGAUACGUGCUAAGUAAUGAUGCUGUAAGAAGGUUUGUCGAAGGGAUAGAAACUAAAAAGUGUCCAAAAGGUGGAGGGGUCGAAGAUGUCGAAAUGGGAAGAUGUAUGGAGAAAAUUGGAGUGAUAGCUGGGGAUUCUAGGGACGCAGAUCAUCGAGAGACAUUUCAUCCUCUUGGCCCGAUUCAUCAUCUGAAACCUGGAUCAAUACCUCCUGAUAACUGGUUUUGGAAAUAUAAUUAUUAUCCAACAUGCCUGGGCCCAGAGUGCAGUUCUAAUUAUCCAAUCACAUUUCAUUACGUGUCUACAGACGAGAUGCAUAUAUUUGAUUUUAUGAUUUACAACGUUAAAAUAUACGGUCUAAGUUAUAUGUAUUCAAGAUAUCCUAAGUUGCCAUACGAAACUUGAUCGUAUAUGGGCAACGGUUGAAGCAAGACCCGAAAGGACAAUCAACAUGAGAAAAAUAAGUUGUUCGGCAAAUAAAUGAGGUCUUCGGUACUACCGUAUGGUGCCUUUGGUCAUGUAAAAAAAAAAAAAAACGGCAUGAUUAACGUAAAAAAAUACUGGCAUUCGAAAAGGAGGUGUUUGUAAAAGAUAUCUUGAUAAACGAUAUAUAUAUUCUACCCUCGCAGUCAGGGCUGACUCAUUCCCUUUGGAGGCCCUAAGUACUUGCGAUUUUGGUGACCUAUAUACAAAAAAAAAUAAUAAUAAAACUGUUGAACCGAAAUUGAAUAAGUAAAUUUUAAUAUUCAUUACUAAUUAAGGGCAAGUUACGAUUACUCUGCAACAUUGGUAGAGGAAUUUAAGAUGCUAGUCUACUUAGGAACUUUAUUGAAAAAUUGUCUAUGGAAAUUUUUGUGCCCCCCCCCCCCCCCAUUGGUGCCCUAAGCACUUGCUUAUUGGCUAAUCCAGCGCUGCUCGCGGUUCAAUACAAAACGCUUUCACUUUAACUUGUGUCAAUUAUGGUACUCCUUUUUUCUAUCCAUAUUUACGUCGUCCUAUAUAUCAUCAUUUUCAAUCAAUAUUAGAAGUUUGAUAUUUGGAAUGUGUAUCAAUUAAAGUUACAAGCCAUUGGCUAUUUCGCCCGCUUAUAUCCGUGUUUCCCAACCCUCAAUUGAAAUAUGGCGUUAUUUAUUGGAACUUAUAAAUAAUGUCAGAUUUGAAUAACCGUCUUGUUGCGACACUAUCGUUGUCCAAUUUUAUUGAUGCCUUUAUUGCUUUUUUGAAAGGUUACAAAAAUAGCCAAUGAAAACCGUUUGGAAGCUUGUUUUUUAACAGUAACUUGAACAAUAUUGAAUUUUUCUUCUUAUAA